AUGGACCAGGCUCAUCCGUUGUCGAGUCCUAUGGUCGUAAGGUCUCUCGACCCAGAGACAGAUCCAUUCGGACCAAAGAAGAAGGACAAGGAAGUACUCGGUCCGGAAGUGCCAUACCUAAGUGUCAUUGGAGCUUUAAUGUAUUUGGCUAGCCACACUAGACCAGACAUUUGUUUUGCCGUGAAUCUACUUUCUAGAUUUAGCUCUUGUCCAACUCAGAGGCACUGGAAUGGAAUAAAACAUCUAUUUAGAUAUCUGCAAGGAACAAAAGAUCUUGGUUUGUUCUAUACUAACCGACCAAAAGAGAGUUUGGUCGGAUAUGCUGAUGUAGGAUACUUAUCUGAUCCACAUAAUGCUAGAUCUCAGACUGGAUAUGUUUUUAUACAUGGUGGAGCUGCAGUAUGUUGGCGAUCCACGAAACAAUCACUUGUCGCCACAUCUUCCAACCAUGCCAAGAUCAUAGCAAUGUAUGAGGCAAGCCGUGAGCUGGUAUGGUUGAGGAAUAUGACCAACCACAUCCGAGUAGAUAGUGGUUUAGCCGUGGGAAAAGAAGCACCAACAAUUAUCUAUGAAGACAAUGCAGCUUGCAUAGCUCAGCUCAAAGAUGGAUACAUCAAAGGAGAUAGGACAAAGCAUAUCUUGCCCAAGUUCUUCUUCACCCACGACCUGCAGAAGGCUAAAGAAGUUCAAAUGGUUCAAGUUCGGUCCAGUGACAAUUUUGCCGACCUUUUCACCAUGUCUCUGCCAACCUCAACAUUCAAGAAGCUUACAUAUCAGAUAGGAAUGCGCCAGCUGAAGGAUCUUCAGUGA